AUUGCUCAUAUCACAUCCCUAUUACAUCACUAUAGUUUCAUACGUCAAGUUGAGUUGUUGAUUUGAUCAACUCUGCCAUUUUGGUUCGUGCGGCUGUCAGAGAACAUGUCGCACAGGAAGUUUUCAGCGCCCCGUCAUGGGUCUAUGGGAUUCUACCCCAAGAAGAGGUCCCGCCGUCAUCGUGGAAAGGUGAAGGCAUUCCCUAAGGAUGAUGCUAGCAAACCUGUUCACCUCACCGCUUUCAUCGGCUACAAGGCUGGUAUGACCCACGUGGUUCGUGAACCUGACCGUCCUGGUUCAAAGAUCAACAAGAAGGAAAUCGUGGAGGCUGUGACCAUCAUUGAGACUCCUCCCAUGGUGGCCGUCGGCGUGGUCGGCUACAUCGAGACCCCGCACGGUCUCCGCGCCCUGCUCACGGUAUGGGCCGAGCACAUGUCCGAGGACUGCCGUCGUCGCUUCUACAAGAACUGGUACAAAUGCAAGAAGAAGGCAUUCACUAAGGCGAGCAAGAAGUGGUCAGAUGAGCUUGGCCGCAAAUCCAUCGAGAAGGAUUUCAAGAAAAUGAUCCGUUACUGCAGUGUUGUAAGGAUCAUUGCUCACACUCAGAUGAAACUCCUGAAGCAACGCCAAAAGAAGGCCCACAUUAUGGAAAUCCAAGUCAAUGGUGGAACCAUUGAGGACAAAGUUAAAUGGGCAAGGGAACAUCUUGAAAAACCCAUUCCUGUGGACUCUGUGUUUGCCCAGGAUGAGAUGAUUGAUUGCAUUGGUGUCACCAAGGGAAAAGGAUACAAGGGUGUCACUUCACGUUGGCACACAAAGAAAUUGCCGCGCAAGACACACAAGGGUCUACGUAAGGUUGCCUGUAUUGGAGCAUGGCAUCCUUCAAGAGUAAGCUUCACUGUUGCCCGUGCUGGUCAAAAGGGCUACCACCACCGUACUGAAAUGAACAAGAAAAUAUACCGUAUUGGACAAGGAAUCCACACUAAGGAUGGAAAGGUUAUCAAGAACAAUGCUUCUACUGAGUAUGAUUUGUCUGAGAAGUCUAUUACUCCAAUGGGUGGAUUCCCUCACUAUGGUGAAGUCAACAAUGACUUCGUUAUGAUCAAGGGUUGCUGCAUGGGACCUAAGAAGCGAGUCAUCACUUUGAGGAAAUCCCUGCGCGUGCACACCAAGAGGGCGGCUCUGGAAAAGAUCAACCUGAAGUUCAUCGACACGUCGUCCAAGUUCGGUCACGGUCGCUUCCAGACGCCGGCUGACAAGGCUGCCUUUAUGGGCACGCUCAAGAAGGACAGGAUCCGUGAGGAAGCCGCGGCCACCACCACUCCCGCAGCUGCCCCGCCGUCCUAAACAUCUUUGGACUAAAAUAAAAUGAUAAAAACUU